AUGAAUGAGCCACCUGAAAAUGUGCCGGAUACUGGAGGACAGGGAUAUUCACGAGAAUCAGAUCCAGAUGAUUUAUGUAAGUGAAAUUCCAGAAAAAAGCUUAUUUAUGAAUAAAUUUAGACAUGUGCCGAGUUUGCCGGGGAAAUGAAGGGAAUUUAUAUUAUCCAUGUUUAUGCACGGGAAGUAUAAAAUAUGUACAUCAAGAAUGUUUAGUGGAAUGGUUGAAGUAUAGCAAAAAAGAAGUUUGUGAGCUGUGCAAUCAUAAAUAUUCAUUUCAACCAAUUUAUCGACAAGAUAUGCCCAAAGCUUUACCUGUUAAGGAUAUUGUUAAAGGUUUGUAAAAUUUUUUAAGCCUAAAGGAAGGAGGGUGAUACUUAAAAUGAAUAUUUCGGUCAAAAAAUUGAUUUUUUUAAAAGCAUUUUAAGCCUAAAAUCAAUAGGGCUGAUUCACGAACGAAAAAAAAUGUUUUAAAAUAUUUUUUUAACAUUGAAAGAUCAGUUCACGAAAAUUCAAAAAAUGUCGAAAAACAUUGUAGGUCAAAAUUAGUUUUUCGCGUUUUUUCAGCCAAAAAUGAUGACAAAUCGAUAUUUUUCAAGCUUCUGGAGUAAUUUCGGAUGAAAAUUGACUUUUCCAGAAGUUUUUGCUGAUUUUUCGUAAAAUAAAAAAUUUCAAAUUUCAAAAAUUCAUAAAAUAAAGCAAAAUAGGGUUCUCGAAGCUUAUUUUCAUCAGAAAUCACCCCAGUUCCUUCAAAAAUAUCGAUUUGUCAUCAUUUUUGGCUGCAAAACUGGAAAAACUAAUUUUGACCUACAAUGUUUUUUCGACAUUUUUUGACUUUUCGUGAAUUGAUCUUUCAAUGUAAAAAAAACAUUUUAUAACAUUUUUUUCGUUCGUGAAUCAGCCCUAAUAUAUUUCUAAUAAAUUUGAACAUGCUUUUGAUCAUUUUCAAAAUUCCACAGAAGUUUGAAAAUUCAGUUGAAAAAUUCACUCAAAUUUGUGAAGUUUUCCAUAACUUUUACUCUUUGAGGGGACAUAUUUUAUUCAUCUCCAACCCCAAUUUUUCUAGGAAUAGUUAUAUCAUUACUUGGUAUGCUGAAAACAUGGUUGGUAUAUUCACUUGUUAUGAUUUCUUGGUUAUUUAUUGUUCCUUUGACUGCUGCAAGAGUAUAUAAUUGUAUUUUCUAUCUAUCGAUCAAUGAUUUCUUCACAAAAAUCUCGCAUUUCCUCAAAUUCGAAAAUAUUGCCCAGGAUAUCGCGAAAGGAGCUAUUCUACUUUUGAUAUUUGUCUGCGCCUUCAUUUCGAUUGUCUGGCUCCGCGAGCAAAUUGUAUUGGCUGGACCGCAGAAUUUCUUAAAUAUUGAAGAGGAUGAAGAGGAAGGUGAAAGGAAUAACAACGAGAAUAAUAAUAAUGAAAAUGAGAAUAAUAAUGAAUCCGAAACUGAAGAUGAUGAUGAGGAUGAUGAUGAAUUUGUGGAAGAGGAUGAAGAAGAGCCGGAUCAUUUGAUGGAUAAUGGAGAAUUGUAUUGGAAUAAUGGACAACAGAUUCAUUUGAGAGAAGCGGUUGCUGAAGGAAUUCCGGAGGCUAUUGAUUAUUUUGAGCGGAGGAGGGAUAAUUGGAGACGAGAACAGGUUGGGGCUUGAGAAGGGACUCCAGAAAUAUUCGAGAAUUUUCGAGCCAUAGAUUCUAGCCAAAUCUUAAUUAGAAAUUUAAAUUUGAAACGGAGAAAGAACAUUAAUUGUGCCGAUUCAUAGGCUCCGGAAAAUCAUGAAAAGGGUUGGCUUUAAUUAAAAUUUGAAAUUUCUUUCGAAAAUUUUGAAAAAUCACGGUUUUCGAAUUUGAAAAAUAGAGAAACCUGGAUUUUUUUCAGAAACUAUUGAAAAUGUAGUUUCUUCAAGAAGUUUUGAUCAGAAAAUUCAGAAAAUUACUCAAUUUUCUCACGAUUUUUUAGGUUAGAAAUAUGAAUUAAAAACAAGAAAACUACAUAAAUUUGGGAGCCGGACAACCAUGAAAAAUGUUCGCCUAAAUUAAAAUUUGAAAGCGCCUUAAGUAGAAAAUUUUGAAAAAUCGGGGUUUUCGAAUUUGAAAGAUAGAGAAACCUGGAAAUUUCUCAUUUCAAGUAGAAACUCUUGAAAAUUUGGAUUUUUCGAGAAGUUUUGCGUCAAAAAAUUCAAAGAAUUUCAGAAAUCGUACUCAAUUUUCUCUGGUUUUUUAAAGAGAAAUUUGAAUCGUCCUAUGAUUUUGAAGUCAAAAAUGUCAGCUUCAUGCUAAAAACUACAUUUCAGCCGAUUUUUUACCAAAAAAACCCGGUUUUUUCCAGGAACGCCGCGCACUUCGUCGCCUUGGUCUUCCGGAAGAUGAAAGAGCUCCACGACGUAAGAUUUCUGUCCUCUUUCAUUUUCCCCUCUCCCUCUUUUCUCCAAUCAUUCCAUUUCCAGAAAACGACGAUGCUCAACAAGAUGAUAAUUGGAGAGAUUGGGAUCGAUUUGGAGAAGAAUUGACGUGGCAAAGACUAUUGGGUUUGGAUGGAAGUAUCGUAUUUUUGGAACACGUUUUUUGGGUCAUUUCGUUGAACACACUUUUUACAGUUAUUUUUGGUAAGGUUUCUUCAAAACGCAACCAAAAAACCUAGAAUAUUUUGCAGCAUACAUUCCUUAUAAAUUUGGACAAUAUUUGUUGAGUUUGGCUGGAGUUCAAGAAAGAAUUCAAUAUUAUCCGUCGAUUGUUUCAAUGUUAUGCGGCUAUAUUGUUAUCGCUUCACUUACUUAUUUGGUUCAUUGGAUUGUUGGAUUUUUCAAAGUUCGACCGUGAGUUUUUUGAAAGUUUUGGGAAUGAAAAAAAAUUUAGAAAAAUUCGAAAUUUUUUGUAAAAAUUUUCAAAUUUCGAUUUCCAGCGAUUUUUUCCCGAAAAAAUUGUUUUUUUUUUUGGCUAAAAAUUUACAAAUGCGCUCUAUUGAGAAUCUGAAGUCAUCUCGACCCAUUUUUCAUUUUAAAAAAAUCGAUAAUUUCAUCCCUAGAUAUUCGAAAAUUCAAAUUUCCUGCCAAAAUUUGAACCCGGGAAGUUGAAAAAUUCAAAUCUACACUCGAAAAUUUUCAAACGCGCUCUAUUGAGAAAUUUUUGAUUUUUUUCGAAAAAUUUUCCAGUUGAGCAAUCCUGUGAAAAUUGGCUAAAAAUCUUGAAUUUUCAGCAUUACUCAUGCUAAUUUUAUUUUUGAAAAACCCUGAUAUACCCGGCUUCAACUCACUGUUUCUUGAUAAUUUUUCAAAUUUUCAGAUUAUACCGCUUCUUCGGAAUCAUGUUUCUAAUCAUCAAAGUAUUCCUGUUGGUUUUGAUGGAAAUCGGCUUCUUCCCAGUAAUGUGUGGAUGUUGGAUGGAUAUUUGCACCCUUCCAUUAUUCUCAGCAACACUCUCACAAAGAAUCGCCACAUUCAGUUCGUCUCCAUUUAUGUCAAUAUUUUUACAUUGGAUGAUUGGAAUGGUUUAUGUCUUCUAUUCGGCCUCGUUUGUUAUUCUUCUCCGCGAAAUUCUUCGACCCGGCGUUCUUUGGUUUAUGCGCAAUUUGAAUGAUCCGGAUUUCAAUCCGAUUCAGGAAAUGAUCGAUUUACCAUUCACUAGACAUUUGAGACGAUUGGUCGUGUCUACAGUAUGUUUUACUUGUUUUUUUUUCAUUUUAAAAUUAAAAAAAAGUUUUUUUGCAGACAUUAUUCUUCACAACAAUCCUGCUCAUCUUCUACAUUCCUUUGAAUAUAAUUCAAAAAAUAUUGCCAUCUGUUCUACCGUAUAAUGUUUCAAUGAGCGCCGAUACUCCAUUAAGUGAAUUAUCGCUGGAAUUGUUGAUUUUACAGGUUUGUUCUAACGAUUUGGGAAAAUCUUUUGAAAUAUGUUUCAAAUCUUCGAUAGAGCGCGUUUGAGAAUUUUCAGGUGAACAUUUGAAUUUUCCAACUUCCCGGGACUAAUUUUGGCGGGAAAUUCGGAUUUUUAAAUAUCUAAGGAUGCAAUUAUAAAAUUCUCAUGAAAAAUGGGUCUAAAUGAUUGCAUUGCUCAUGUUAAGCCUAAAAUUCCUUCAAAUUCUCAACAGAGCGCGUUUGAGAAUUUUCAGGUGAAAAUUUGAAUUUUCCAACUUCCCGGGUUCAAAUUUUGGCGGGAAAUUUGAAUUUUUCAAUAUCUAGGGAUGAACUUAUAAAUUUCUCAUAAAAAAUGGGUCAAAAUGACUUCAGAUUCUCAAUAGAGCGCAUUUGCACAUUUUUAGCCAAAAAACAGUUUUUUCGUAAAAAAAAAUCCUGAAAAACAACAAACUAGGGCUGAAAAUCGAAAUUUGAAGAAUUUCCAAUUUUUUCAUUCCCAAAACUUUCAAAAAACUCACGGUCGAACUUUGAAAAAUCCAACAAUCCAAUGCACCAAAUAAGUGAAGCGAUAACAAUAUAGCCGCAUAACAUUUUCCAACUUUGCCACGUCAUAACUCAUGUUAAAAGAUGAGAUUUGCAAUUUUUGACAACGGAAUUGUGAUCAACGGAUCUCUAGAAAACUGUAUUUUUUUUUAAUUUUAAAAAAGUCGAUUUUUGGGUUCCUGAAACGGGAUAAAAGUGCUUCGAUUCCAAAAAAUCUUAAAAAAAAAAAGUUUUCAGGUUGUGAUGCCAGCAAUUCUCGAGCACGCCCACACUCGGACAUUUGUCAAAGUAAUCGUCAAAUAUUGGUGUAAAACAAUCGGGCGACUAUUGGAUCUGGAUCGUUAUUUAUUGUCAGAAGUGCAAAAUGAAUUGAAUAAUGAUCGGCCAGCGGCUGGUGGUGGAUUGGCUGCCGAACAUCAAGCAUUGUUAUUGUUAAGAGAACCGCAAGCCUAUGAACCAUAUGAACGACCGACAUUUUUCGCGGUUCGGAUUGGAUUGUUGCUUGUUUCGAUGUCAAUGACAACAACUCUUGUUAGCUGUCUCUUUUUUGUUGUUCCAGGUUAGUUAGGGCUCAAAAUGCUUCAAAUUUCAUGAUGAAAAUCCGAAUUCUGGGCUCGAAAUUAUCUAGAAAUUUCGAAAAUCCUAAAAAAAAAAUACAAUUGCUCAUUUUAGUCUCUAAAUUGAUCAAGAUAAAAAAUCGGAAAUUCGGAGUAGCUCCAAAAAAUAUGAUUUGCUCAAAAAUCUUCAAAUUUCGACUUUCAGCCCUAGUUUGUUCUUCUUUUUCAGGAUUUUUUCCCGAAAAAUUGUUUUUUUUUGGAUAAAAAUUUGCUAAUGCGCUCUAUUGAGAAUUUGAAGGAAUUUUAGGCUUAACAUGAGCAAUGCAAUCAUUUUUACCCAUUUUCAUGAAAAAUCGAUAAUUGCAUCCCUAGAUAUUGAAAAAUUCAAAUUUCCCGCCAAAAUUAGUCCUGGGAAGUUGGAAAAUUCAAAUUUACACCUGAAAAUUCUCAAACGCGCUCUAUUGAGAAUUUGAAGGCCUUAACAUGAGCAAUGCAAUCAUUUAGACCCAUUUUCAUGAGAAAUUCAUGAUUUCAUCCCUAGAUAUUGAAAAAUUCAAAUUUCCCGCCCAAAUUAGUCCCGGGAAGUUGGAAAAUUUAAUUUUCCACCUGAAAAUUCUGAAACACGCUCUAUUGAGAAUUUGAAGGCCUUAACAGGAGCAAUGCAAUCAUUUAGACCCAUUUUCAUGAGAAAUUUAUAAUUGCAUUCCUAGAUAUUUAAAAAUUCAAAUUCGGAAAUUUGAAGUGACUCCAAAUCAUGAUUGCUCAUUUUAGUCUAUAAAAUUGACAUUUUCAGCAUCAAUUGGUCGAAUAAUGAUUCAAUACACUUCAAAUCAAUCAAAUAUUCAUGAGAUUUACACAGUUGGAUUGGGCCUUUAUGUUUGCUGGUGUAUCGGAAAAGCGAUUAGUGUUAUUUUGAAAUUGACAGAAGAUGGAGGAGCUCAACUAAAAGAGACAAUUUUCAAAUAUUUAUCAUUGGCUCUCCGAUUAUUAUCUGUUGCAAUUCCAGUUGUUUUUGUUCUCCCAUUUUUGAUUGGAUUAUAUUUCCAACUUGUUGUACUAACACCUCUUCGAUUAUCUGCAAAUCAGGUGAAUUUUUUGAAAUACAUACAUACGGAAAUUGUAUCAAUCAUUCCUGUUUCAGACCGCAAUAACAUUCCCAUAUCAAGACUGGGCUAUGGGUGUGCUCCAGAUGAAAAUCUUCGCCGUGUUCGCAAUGAUGGGACCCGAUUGGUGGCUGAAAACGGAGCUCGAUCAAAUUGUGCAACGUGGAUUGGAUCAAUUUGCGGCCAUUCAGAUUUUGGUUCGGCUAAUUUUGCCACUUGUUUUAUAUUUGGGAACAUUCAUCGCCGCUCCAGUUGUGCUUAUCAAAACAUAUUCGGGUUUAAUUGGUAUGUCUUUAGAAUUUCAAAUAUUCCGAAAAAAUAGUUUUUUUGCAGGAAUGUCAAAAGUGAGUACAAUGCUUCUAAUACGAUAUAGCUAUCCAACAUUCCUUGUCAUCUUCCUCAUUGCCGCUUUCACCCGCUGGCAAAUCAUCAAAUUGAGCGAAUUGGCUGAGAAAAUCAAAAAUGACCGGUAUUUAGUGGGAACACAAUUAGUGAACUACGAAAGAGUAGAAAGACGGUGA